AUCGGUUGGGCGCUCGACGGUUUCCCGGUCUAUGGCCCGCGCGGUCCUUCUGGCACGAUGAUGCAGACGUGCACUGAGACGGGAGGGACCUACGGGACAGACGUGUGCACAGACGAUUGUGGCGGAUACUAUCAGGCUGACGGCUCCAUUGACGAGUUCGUGUACAGGUACUACACGCUUGGCCAGUACAACGAUGGCACCAGCUGUGUCGCACCCGGCUGCUCGUCACCCACGUCUGAGUUCUUUCCCAACACGAUGAUGUGCUACCGGGGCUGCUGCCCCAGUGGAGUUUCGUGCCACAGCGCGAUCACGAGUUGCCCAGGCUCGGGCACCUUGGACGGGGUCACGAGCGAUUACGCGGCCUCCGUGCCCACUGUCAACGGCUUGUCUGUGGCCUCGGGGCUCCCGCUGAACACCGCGGCCUGCGACGACGACGACAUCGCGUGCGGCUCCUGCUCGGAGUGCGAGUGGCGCCAGAACAA